CAAAAGCAAAAAAGAGCUCUUUCAAAACUUGCGUACUGAAGUGCGAAUGAACAAAAAAGAGCUCCUUCUGUCCUAGUAAAGCAAAAAUGGAGGGGAUAGGGGUAUUAUUGAUGCGUCCGCUGUCCAAUUACCUCCAGCAAGAGCUAGCCAAACGUUUCACUCUCUUCAAAUACUGGGAAAUUCCCUCUGAAUCUCUCAAACAACACUCCGACUCCAUCCGAGCAGUAGUGGGGAAUGGAGUUCAGGGAGCUAAUUCGGCGUUGAUUGAUUCGCUACCCAGAUUGGAAAUUGUAUCGAGUCACAGUUCAGGGCUUGACAAGAUUGAUUUGGUGAAGUGUAAAGAGAGAGGGAUUAGGGUCACUUCCACUCCCGAUGCUCUCACCGAUGACGUUGCUGACAUGGCCAUUUUACUCACACUCGCAACAUUGAGGAGAAUUUGUGAAGCUGAUCAAUUCGUGAGGAAUGGGAUUUGGAAGGAAAAGGAUUUCAAAUUGACCGCUAAGUUUAGCGGCAAAUCAGUAGGUAUAGUAGGUUUAGGGAGAAUUGGUUCAGCAAUUGCAAAAAGAGCUGAAGCUUUUGGAUGUUCAAUCAGUUAUCAUUCACGUUCACGAAAACCAGAGUCAACGUACACCUAUUAUCCACGUGUAAUCGACUUAGCCUCCAACUGUCAGAUCCUCGUUGUUGCUUGUGCCUUAACUGAUGAAACUCACCACAUUAUCAACCGUGAAGUUAUAGCUGCAUUGGGUCCAAAUGGAGUUGUUAUCAACAUUGCAAGGGGUUCUCAUAUUGAUGAAUCUGAGCUGGUAUCUGCUCUUGCAGAAGGCAGAUUGGGAGGAGCAGGGCUUGAUGUGCUUGAAUAUGAACCUGAAGCACCUGUGCUACUAGCUGGACUUGAUAAUGUUGUCCUAUCACCUCAUGUGGCAGCUAGCACUUUGGAGACUCGUAAGGACAUGGCUGACCUCGUGGUUGCAAACUUGGAGGCACACUUUUCGGACAAGCCAUUACUGACCCCUGUUAUUUGACAGUUUCUGGUAAAAGAUUCUCAGAAAGAAUGUCUGGAUCCCCCUCGCAAUGAAGCAUACACUUCUCGUCAUUUCAUAAGCCCCUGAACAUGUUAAUGAACUUGGAUUAUGCCUGAUUGGCCACGAGGAUGGUUCACUUCAGCUCUCUUGUGAAUGUUUAUAGUACGAGUAUGCAGUCAAGCACACCAACUAUUCAAGUUUGAGAGCCAAGAUACAGUGGUUGAAUCUCAGGCAAUGUUCAGCUCAAUGUAAGGACCACUUUAGUUUGAACAAUUUCUCAUCUUUUGAGUAUUCAAUCAACUAUCUGCUAUA